UUUAACAAUUGUGUCUUUUGUUCUCGCUUAGCAAACAAUAUCUAUCAAGAAUGGCCGACUAUAAAACGUUAAAACAACGUGUCCGAUGAUCUCUAUAUAUUAAUGUGAUAUUCUCUAUUCAUGCUAAUAAUAUAAACUUGAAUAUUAAUGUUAAUAAGUAUAACUGUUAACUGUUAAUGUUAACCUUGAUGAGUGUAACUGUUAAUGUUAACAAUAAACGUUCUACAUAAAAUUGUGAUGUUCAGCAGUGAUGUAAGAAAGCAAAGGCAAUUGCUGAUGUAUUUAGCCAAACAGUAAAUACAGCUUCGUAGUUUGUGCUUCACGUUUGCCGUAUAAAAAUUUAAUGCUCGAAUGGCUGUAAGUGUAUGCAACACUUUUUCACUUCCUGGUCUUUAUGCCGGAAUAAAGAGUUUUUAAUUUUUUGAUACCGCCAAAAUAUUUUAUUCACAAUAUUUCCAGGUUUUACGUUGAAUCGCGUCGUUGGUCGCGUCGAAAGCAUGUAAUUCAAACAAUAGAUAAUGCGAUGAUAAUUCUCUAAACCAUCUAGCGAAUCAUCUAGCCAUCAAUCAUCUAAUGAAAAUGCGACAUAUAACCUAGGUCUAACAUAUCUAAACAUAUACAUUAAAUCUUCAUUCAUUUUCAAUAUAUUAUAUUUCUAACGUGCUGCAAUAUUCCUUGUUAACCAGUUUGUCAUGGCUGAUCCCCCAGAACCACCAGCACCAGCUGGGGGUCUCGAUGUUGAUUUAGAAGUUACAAAUGAAAGCAUAAGAUUGAGAUUCAGAUGCAGCACAGGAGUGGCAGUUUUAUUGGGGGUUACAGGCGUGACGCUGGGGGCACUUUACGGCAGAGAAAGAAUCCAACCUGUUAUAGAAAGAUUGUUUAAUUCUGUUUUUGGCUUCUGCAAACUCACCCCUGGAUCCAUUGUUGUCGAUGUUGAUUGCUUUUCAGCCGAGCGUGUGAAGGAAUUACUUGACAAUUACAAAUGUGGAAAACUUAAACGACGGUUUCUGGCAGAGCUCCUAAAGAUUGAAGGCAAGAUCGAAAAUCUAAGAAUCAAUUUUGAACUGAAGGAAACUUUGGAGAUGAACACAAAUCGCAAAUCUAGAACUUUUGAAGAAAAGGAAGAGAAACAACCUGAGAAAACAGAAGAAGAAAAGACAGGAAUGUCUGAGAGUGAGUACCUUGAGACGUUGAAAAGUGUCAGAAAGUUGGAUGGCGUGAAGGAAAGACUUAUCAAUUUAUCCAAAAUUAAGGAUAAUAGACCUUAUAAUUACCGCAAGAAUGAUAGUCCAUACAGUCAUGUAAUCAAUAUGAGUGAUGAACACGGAAGGACAAUCUUCCACUAUGCCGCUAUAGUCAAAAACCAAUAUUUGUUUAAACAUCUCUUAAACCUUUCGCGAUCCAAUAUCAACGAACAGGAUUGUGAUGGCAGGACCGCUUUACACCUCGUGUGCAUACCCACUGAUCUCCUUACUCGACACGAAGAAUUCAUACACCCACAUUUCUGGUGGGGUGGUGGCCGCUUAUACAUAUGCCGUCAGGCAGAUAUAAAUGCAAAAGACAGCGAAGAUCGAACCCCGCUGCACUACGCCGCCAUGUACUACGAAGAUCAUGUUGAAACGUUGAUCAAAGAAUGCAUAUGGGCAAAUAUUUACGACAUUGACGUAUAUGGUAAAACGCCUCUAUAUUAUGCUGAGGAACAUGGUAAAACAAAAGCUGUAGAGCUUCUUAAAAAAGGUUAUUAUACUUUCAAGCGUGGUGCAAUUGAGGCCGCCGAGAAACUUUUGAAGGCUGGUGCUAGUCUGGAUCUAAAAGAUGCAAAAGGGCGAACAGUUGCACAUCUUGCAGCAAUAGGUGGCGAUGAAAAGUUGUUUGAUUUACUUUUUAAAAGCAAUGCAAGUUUGAAUGCCCUGGAUAGCGAAGGAAACUUUCCUCUUUAUUAUGCAGUCCAACAGCACAGUAUAGUCAUCGCCGAGAAACUUAUCAAAUCUGGAGCCAGCGUGGAUGGGAAAAACGACCAAGGAGAAACAGUGCUACAUCUUGCUGCCAAACGAGGUGAUGAAGCACUGGUUGACCUGCUUUUGAAAAACAACGCAAAUGUGAAUAGUAUCGACAGAUUCGAGAACACCGUUCUACAUAGUGCCAUUUGUGGAAACAAUGCCGCAAUUGUCGCGAAACUUAUUAAAGCUGGAGCCAACAUAGGAGGGAAAAAUAACGAUGGAGAGUCAUUGUUACAUGUUGCGGCAAAAUGUGGUGAUGAAAAAAUUAUUGAUCUGCUUUUGAAAAAUAACGGAAAUGUGAAAGAUAUCGACAGUAGAGGAAUGUCUGUUUUGCAUUAUGCCGUCGGAGGCCAGUGGCUUCAUGCAGUUGCCAUCGCCGAGAAACUUAUUAAAGCUGGAGCCAGCGUGGAUUUGAAAAAUAACGAAGGACAAACAGUUUUACAUCUUGCUGCCCAACAUCGUCGUGAAGAACUGGUUGAUCUAAUGUUGAGGAACAAAGUUAGUGUGAAAGAUGUCGACAAUAGAGGCAACUCAAUCCUUCAUUUUGCCGUAGGGUCAGGCAUCGUGACGAUGGUCGAGAAACUUAUUAAAGCAGGUGCCAGCGUAAAAGGGAAAAAUGUCUAUGGAGAGUCAUUGUUACACGUUGCGGCAAAAAGUACUGAUGAAAAAAUGAUCGAUCUGCUGUUGAAAAAUAACGCAAAUGCGAGUGGUAUCAAUAAUGAAGGAAAAUCUGUCGUUUAUUACGCUGUCGAAAGGCGCAAUGUCGCCAUCGUUGAGAAACUUUUAGAAGCUGGAGCCGGCGUAAAAGGAAAAGAUUAUGAAGGACGAACAGUUUUACAUCUUGCUGCACAAGACAAUAAUGAAAAAAUGGUUGAUUUGCUGUUGAAAAAUAUGGCGAAUGUAAAUGAUAUUGACAGAAAGGGAAACUCUGCCCUAUUUUAUGCUGCCACGUGGCGCAAUGUGGCCAUCGUCGAGAAACUUGUUGAAGCCGGAGCUAGCGUUGGCGGGGAUGAUGAUAAAUCUCUUUCAACAGGUUCACAAGUGUGGACCCGAGUGUCUCUUGGAAAAUACAAAGAUUACUUUGCUUAAUAAAAUCCCUGAAGAUUUUCCCACAGCCACAGAGUCAUUGCUUGAAUUAGGGC